AUUACCGAAAAAGCUUGAUUCGGACAGGAAAAUUAGCAUUGUACAGUUUGCACAUUCAACGCGUGUACUUUUUAUCAAACUUCUCGCAGUAGUGAAAUGGGUAAAAUCGUCGAAGAAAUUUGAAUCAUGUGCUUCGAUUUGUUAUUUCCUGGAUCAACAGUCACAGUAUUUUGUGGAUACAGCUGAUCGUUUGGUGCAGUUAGCACGAGAGGAGCUUGUCUUUGCGAGGUUACCAACCUUUCAAGUGGCUUUAGCCGUUGAUGUUCUCACAGUUGGGACAUUUCCACGACUUCCGUUGUGUAUAAAGAAUCGUUUUAUCCCCGAUCCACCGAUAACAUCACGAGAAGAAGCAUGCGUUUUAGCUCGACUCAAUCAGGUUAUACAGUAUCAUCUUUCGAGUUAUGCAACGAAACUGUCACCUCGUAUAUCAAAAACUGUGAUUAGAAAUGGAAUGGUAACAAUGACUGUUAAUGGCGAAUUUGAAGUGUCACUGACCUUGUUGGGUGAGCGGCCGGCUACGAAAUGGACUUUGCUGAACAUCAGAAUAUUAGUUGAGGAUUACGAAAUCGGUUUUGGAACUAAACUGGUUCAUCCAUUACAAGUCAAUAUGCUUCAUAAUGUUUUGCAGUUGAGGAUGGAUAAAAGCUUGGAGCCACUUGAGGAAGUGUAUAAUUUACUGCAUUCAUUUGCACAAAUGUUGCAAUUGGAUGUGUUGUUUUGUCAAGCAACUCAAGUGUUCAGUGGUGAUAUGUGUCAGUAUGCAGUUAUUGAACGGUAUGAUCGAAAUAUUGGAGUUCUUACACUGGCUUAUUGGUUAAAGAGAACACACAAUAGAUACAUUUCUCAAUACAAGAUUAAAAUAUUCAUCGACAAGGAAAAUGAAAAUAAUGGUUUACGUGUACGGCAUUUUCCGGUGGGAAAGGGUUUGCCCUACAUAGAUGAUCGCAGUGGGAGAUUAUCAAUUAAUCGUUUGUUGUCGGAAACAGUUAGUGUCCGUUGCCGUGAGCGACUUUUACGUAUCCGGGAGAGGCUUGGUUUACUGAAACCACCAGUUAUUGUGUCACUUACGGGCAGAGCUGCUCCCACGCUUACUUAUCCAUUGCUAGGGGCUCAGUCACAUGCUGAUGAAAUGCUGGUUGUGUCAAUUAACGAUUUUUCUGGAAAUGUGAUCGCAAUUGUACGAGCAUUAGGAUCGUGUCCAGAACUUCGAGAAUUGGAAAUGCUUGUCGACGAUCGCAUAACUUUGCAAACAAUAACAGAUAAGAUGGAUAGGCUAAGGAUUUUAUUAAUGUUGGAACGGUAUCGUAAAGCGGUCGCACCUCUCCCGGUUCGGAUUGUUCCAGAGAACGUGUUUUGUACUCGACUGUCAAGUUUGCCAGAGUUACCGCCUGAUCGGAUAUGCCUACAGUUUAUCAAGGAAGAAAUGUAUUAUCUCAUAGUUUCAUUUACUCCUAACGAGCGAACUGGAGUAAACAUUGAUAUGUAUUUAUUAUCAAACAUUGAACGAAAGUUAAAUAUGGUACGAUUACAUCCUUCUCAGUUGUUGACAACGCUUCCGGAAUCAAGUUUCUCAAGCACAAAAAAUGACGAUGAUUUGGAACCUCCUGCGAAGCGUCGUCGUUGGUUGGGUGACAGAAGACUGCUAACAUCAGCUGUAGCAACUUUGGAUGAUCGAUUGGCAUUUAUGAGAAUUUGUGAAGAACUCGAUCGUCGUAAUGUUAAGUACAAGCCUCUUACUGUGGAACCGACAGUUGGUGGUCUGAUUUUGCAUAUAACAGACUUUUCUGAAGCCGUAUCCUCAGGAUCUGAUGAUUUCUUUUCAUCCGUGAUUAACUGUUGCCUGCGAUUGGAUACAAGAACUCGAGUUAUUUGGCCAUUUGAGUGCACUUUGAUUAAUACGCCGUUAGUUGCUGAUUUCUGUGAGCCCGUUACUCAUAUUGAUUAUGAGUCAAUUAAGACGAAGACGACGGUUAUGGAAAUUCAUGGUAGUGGAGGAAUUUCGUCACCGAACACAUCAGAAAGUGUUUCAACUCAUAUGAUUGAUCGUUUAAUCGUUUUUGCGCAUAUGUUUGAUCCAGUGAAAGAGUUUGCAGCUGCUUAUUAUAGUCACUACAAUAAGUACUGUAAUGUUGUGGCAUUCACCUACCAUAAACUUGUGUUGGCAUACGGUUCGAAUCGUAAUAUGUUGAUGAUGCUUUCAUGGAGAACGCAGAAAGGUCCAAAUAAUAAGCAGUAUUUUUAUCUUACGUUUGGAAUUGGACCGAGUCGUCGGACAACAUCUACUGAUCUCACCAAAUCUGACACAUUGUGGAACCCACACGUACUGUUAGCUUCUCGUCUCCAAGAACGGUUCAAUAAACGACGUUCUCUUAUUGAUCUCGUACAAUACUUAAUUGAUUCAGUUGUUCCACUUUCUGCUCUUCAUUCAUUCACUCGAAUUCGGCUGCAGUCACUCCGAGCAUUUUGUCAGAUGAUGUGCUAUGAUGCUGCUUUAGCAUUGGGUUUGCAAGCCACAAUAUCAAUAGUGGAUGAAUACAGAAUACGUUUGAUUUAUGGCCGUGUGCAUUUGGAAUUCCUUUUAUUGGGUAAUUCAAGGAUUGGCUUACGUGACUGCUCACUAGGUUCAACUUACGCAUUUCGUUUGCGUCAGUUUUGUUGUAAUUUCUUAAGUCCUGAACUGCGAAGUACAAAUGAAGAAAAAUCACCUGGUGCUUUUGGCUGGACAGCUGCCAGUUCUGGACCUGGAUCGCUACCUUCUCAUCAGAUGGUUCGCUCUCCGGCAUCGAGAAUUGCUUCGUCACCAAUGUCACAUAUGUCAUUAUCGGUUCCACCUAUAGAUAACUUUGGUUCUUCCUUACGGUAUUCGUCAGACUCUCGCUCAAAAACUCCAAUUUUGUUGGACCAUGAUUCACUACAUUGCAUGACAUCUAUUGAUGAGUCUGGAAAUUGUCCUCUCGAUCAAUAUUUAUUUGCAUUAGCGUACUUGUCAAAAUUGGGUCCAGCGUUAGAGGGAUAUCGUCGGGAGCAUCGUGGAUCAGGUGCGCACCCGGUGAUUCAGUUUCGACAACUAGUUGCAACUCCAGAAAGUGUUCGGUUAUCGGUCUUAGGUGCUGCACCACCGAACCUGAAACAUGAACCAUUCUUGGUUAAUAUGAAUAUUUAUUUGGAUGAAGAAACUAUGAACGGUGAAGAUAUUCCGGCUGAAAGUGAUAUCCGUACGGCGGAGCUUUACUUCGUUAGAUUUGUUGCUCGAUUGGGGAAUGAAAUUGCUGUUGUUGCAUUCGCUAAUGCAUGCAGGCUCGCUGCACCGGGUGCUUUCUCGGCUAUUGCUCGAAUAAUGAGUGUACAAAUGAAUUGGGCUGAGGAUACUCCUUGGCGUCCAUCAAUACAAUUGGUAAUGUGGAGCCAGGAAGGAUCAGUACCAAGGGCACGUAUUUCACCUGGAAUUGUUAUUGAUCAGACAAAUAUCAGUGUUCUAAUUUUGCUUUGCCUAAGACCAGCCCGUCAUAAUCCAUCAGAAAAAAAUGCGGAUGCAUCGAAACACUUGAUACCUCUCAUUUACAACACGCAAACGAAUACCGUAGCUCGACGAAGCAGUGGUGCAGAUGAUGAUGCAAGUAAUGCUACAACUGUUUUGUCAAAUGUUUCUGAGCAAUACUCCCUCACAAAUGAGCCAGCAUUGUGGCCAGCAAUCUACUCUCUUGCUCAUAAUUUCGCCGUACAACGAUAG